UAUGGUUCGCCACGUUUGUUUUUUUUUAUUUUUUUUUUUUUUGAUAGCACGUUGCCCCUUUUGACAUGACGGAGCUUCAGGCACUUUGUGGUCGUGUGCGGCAAUUUAGUGUUCCUCGUAUCACAAAUUAAGAUUGCAUCUCAACGCAAAAUAUAACUUAUGGCCUAUGGCUCGUGUUCCAAAAAAUACGUUCCACGUUCCAUCAUCGGUACAGCUUCCCUGAUACAAUCGUUGUAUGUUAUGAUUCAGUUCCAUUGUAGACACCAUCUUAAACGGACGCGUAACCGCACAAAGCUAGAACAACAUGUGGCCGUGCGUAAGGUCAUUAAUGGUGAUAAUCUUCGUAGGUGCUGCUCAUGGAAUACUGGUCAUGGCUCCUAAAGCCAUUCGGGCCAACAAGGACUAUACGGUUGUGAUCAGUAAUUUUAACACCGAUCUCAACAUGGUGGACCUGAUGUUACGAAUCGAAGGACACACGGAGGAUGGUCAAAAUGUUCUUAACAUAACGAAGUCGGUUGACGUUCAGAAACAAACGAACAGAGUGAUCAACUUCAAUAUGCCUAAAGACUUAUCAACUGGAUAUUACAGAAUUACCGCUGACGGACAACGUGGCUUUAGCUUUCACAAGGAAGCCGCUUUGAUAUACCUCAGCAAAACCGUAUCAGGGUUAAUACAGAUCGAUAAACCUGUGUUCAAACCAGGCGAUAAGGUUCAAUUUCGGGUGAUAGUGCUGGACGCUGAGUUGAAACCUCCUUCGCGUGUAAAAACAGUUCAAGUGACGAUCCAUGAUUCUCAAAACAAUGUGGUUCGGAAGUGGUCCUCGGCAAGAUUGUACACCGGAGUGUUUGAGAAUAACCUUCAAAUCGCGCCAACUCCAAUGCUCGGUAUAUGGAACAUCUCGGUAUUGGUCGACGGAGAAGUACUCGUGUCCAAGACAUUCGAGGUGAAGGAGUAUGUAUUGUCCUCGUUUGACGUAGAGGUGGUACCAACCGUUAUUCCUCUGGUGGAGCACCAAGGACUGAAUCUGACGAUAGCAGCCAACUAUCAUUUCGGAAAACCAGUGAAAGGGCAUGUCAAGGUGGAGCUGUACUUGGAGGACAAUAAGCGAGAUCAGGUGAAAGAGUUUGAAAUGUCCGGGAUAGGAUUGGUGAAUCUCCAUUUCAAUGAUGAACUGGUACUGAACAACGAUCAACAAGAUGUACUUGUAAAGACGAACUUCGUGGAGCAGUUUACAAAUCGGACUGUGGUGAAAGAAUCGCAAAUCACUGUGUACAAAUAUCCGUACCGCGUGGAACUGAUCAAGGAAAGUCCACAAUUCCGUCCAGGUUUUCCCUUUAAGUGUACGCUUCAGUUCCGAUAUCACGAUAGAACACCUGCUAAAGGUGUCACCGGUAAGGUAAAAGUGAUGGAGGUCGGAUACGAAACAACCGCCACUAGUGAUGAUGAAGGUUUGAUCAAACUGCAGCUGAAUCCGAGCGACAAUAUAGAAAAGAUGUAUAUUGAAUUUUCCAACAAAUAUGGAUUCCUCCUUAACGAGCGAGUGGACAAAAUGAAGGUUGUGUUCCUCAAACUGGAAUUAAAAUCUCCUGUUGUGUUGCAUAAUAUGUUGCGAUUUGUGGUUACAUGUAGCGAUGGUGUUAAAUUCUUCGCGUACUACGUUGUGUCGAAGGGCAAUAUCGUUGAUUCCGGUUUUAUUAGAAUGAACCAGCAGAACAAAUAUCUCUUAGAAUUGGACGCCACCGAGAAAAUGAUACCAAAGGCAACAAUUUUCGUAGCUACUUUAGCGAAACAAAGAGAAAUUUGCGACUUUGUGGACAUCGAUUUCAAAGAGCUACAAAACAAUUUUGAAUUGAGCAUAGAUAUGCGGAAUGUUAAGCCGGGACAGCAAAUCGAACUCCGAAUGUCUGGACGAACGGGGGCGUACGUGGGAUUGGCUGCAUAUGACAAAAGUUUGCUGUACUACAACGCGAACCAUGAUAUAUCCUGGGAGGACGCCAUGCAAUUGUAUGAUCGAUUUCAUACAAUCGAGGCGAAUGUAUUCAACGAUGUUUACAAUAGAUACAUGUUCAGAAGGACGUUGGAUGACAUCAAGCUCCAGGAAAUCCCAUCUAAGUCGGCACGUGCUGCGCUGCAGAUCUACAAUACGAUCCACCAGCCGAAUCAAUACCGGACAAACUUUGCAGAAUCGUGGUUAUGGAAGAAUGUGACCAUUGGAGGGUCUGGAACGAACAAGAUGAUCGAGGCAGCGCCGGAUACAAUCACAUCUUGGUACUUGACGGGAUUCUCGAUUGAUCCGGAGUAUGGUUUGGGCAUCAUCAAAAAGCCCAUUGAGUUCACAACGAUCCAACCAUUCUACAUCGUCGAGAAUCUUCCGUAUUCGAUCAAACGAGGUGAAGUCGUCGAGUUGCAUUUUACACUGUUUAACAAUCUUGAAAGAGAGUACAUCGCUGAAGUGACCCUGCAUAAUGUAUUCCAACAGAUGGAAUUUAUUGGACGACCUACGGAAGAUCUCAGCUACACCAAAUCCGUGAGCGUUCCUUCGAAGGUUGGCGUACCGAUCUCGUUUCUGGUGAAGGCACGAUCGCUCGGAGAGAUGGCGGUACGCGUGAAUACAACGAUCAAGGCCGGACAAGAAUCGGACGCACUGGAAAAAGUGAUCCGAGUUACGCCAGAAAGUUUGCUACAACACAAAAUUGAUUCGCGGUUCUUCUGCUUCGAUACGCACGCCAAUCAUACCUUCCUCAUUAAUACAGAUUUCGAAUGGCCGAAGGCAGACGAAGGUUCGAAAAAGAUUGAGUUGCGACUGAAUUCCAAUCUGCUUCAAAAAUUUACUACAAAAAACUUGAAUGAUUUGCUUGCUGCCCCGGAUGAUGAUGUGGGAAUCAUUAUUAAACUUGCACAGUACAACGCUGCGCUCGACUACUUGCAUGCUAUUGGUCCAAAGGAAUAUAACGAACAUUUUUUCAUCUUUAUAGCUACAGGUUUGUUGCGCAUAGAGUAUAAAAACCAUAUGCGUAAUCGUCAGACAGAUGGUUCAUUUGGUGUGCGGCAAAGUAAUGGUGGUAGCGUGUUUCUUACUGCUUUCGUCGCAAAAUCGAUAUAUGCGUCGAAAUACAUCAGAGAGGUUGAUGUGGCUAUGGUCGAGAAGGCUUAUGAUUGGCUUGCUUCGAAGCAAGACAGCUCGGGAAGAUUCGAUGAGGUCAGUGACGUGAUCAACAAAGAUGUGAAAGGUGGUCUGAGUGACGGCAUUACAUUGACCUCGUACGUGCUGACAGCGCUUCUAGAGAACGAGAAAGCUAAAGAAAAGCACGCGGCAGUGAUCCAAAAGGCAAUGAGUUAUCUAAGUUCGAACUUGGAAGACAUCCAACAUCCUUACGAUCUGUCCAUUGCGACCUACGCGUUGAUGUUGUACGGACAUGAAAAGAAGACUGUAACGUUAGAAAAGCUCAUCGCUCUUUCUACUCGCAGAAAUAUCGGUAACGAUAUGGAACGGUACUGGAACUCGACCAACAGUAUAGAGACGACCGCUUACGCGUUGUUGUCAUUUGUAUUAGCGGAGAAGUAUGAGGACAGCAUUCCAGUGAUGCGAUGGCUAGUGAAUCAACGCUAUGCUACCGGAAGCUUCCCACGCACUCAGGACAACUUAGUAGGACUAAAGGCACUGACAAAGUUGGCGGAAAAAAUCUCUCCCUCACGAAACAACUACACCAUACACUUGAAAUUCAGCAACGAAACCCAAUAUCUCCACGUAAACUCCGAAGAUAACGAAAUUGUCUACUUUAAAGAUAUACCGGGGGACACAAAGUGGAUAGAGACCAAUGUUGAAGGUAUCGGGGCCGGAAUGUUGGAGGUGAUCUAUCACUACAGUUUAAAUCUCGUCAACUUCGUGCAGCGAUUCAAGCUGGAUGUAGAGACACAAAACACGGCCUCCGACUACGAGCUGCGACUGAAGGUGUGUGCUAACAUCAUAUGGAGAACAUUCGAUGAUCGUUCCAACAUGGCGCUGAUCGAGGUGACCUUCCCUAGCGGAUACGUUGUCGAUCAGAAUCCCAUCAGCGAGCAGACUUCUAUCAAUCCAAUACGGCACACCGAAAUUAGGUACGGUGGAACAUCCGUUGUUGUGUAUUACAACAACAUGGGCAUCGAACGGAACUGCUUCACCGCGACGGCUUACAGACGGUUCAAGGUCGCUCUGAAGCGUCCAGCAUAUGUGAUCGUGUACGAUUACUACGAUCCCAAUUUGAAUGCCAUUAAAUUAUACGAAGUGGAUUAACAGGAAGUUUGCGAAAUAUGCGACGAAUCCGAUUGUCCGAAGGAAUGCAAGAAAAGAGUAUCUUAA